UGUCCGUGCCGUGCCCAUUCCCAGCUGUUCGCCACACAUUGCAUCCCUGGCUGAUUGUGCUUGUAAACAGAGCAGCCGCAGCAGUAGGUGCACGCGGAGGGAGGGAGGCCAGCCAUGGCCAAGGGUCACGUGAUGGUGCUGCCCAUGCCGUGCCAGGGCCACGUCGUCCCGCUGAUGGAGCUCUCGCACCGCCUCGUCGAGCACGGCUUCGAGGUCACCUUCGUCAACACCGACGUGGACCACGCGCUCGUGCUCGCCGCGCUGCCCAACGGCGGCGAGGCGCUGCGCGGCAUCCACCUGGCCUCCAUCCCGGACGGGCUGGCCGACGACGAGGACCGCAAGGACCUCAACAAGCUCGUCGACGCCUACCCGCGGCACAUGCCGGCCUACCUGGAGGCGCUGGUCGGGGAAAUGGAGGCGGCCGGCAGGCCCAGGGUGAAGUGGCUCGUCGCCGACUUCAACAUGGGCUGGUCGUUCGAGGUCGCCAAGAGGCUCGGCAUCCGGGUCGCCUCCUUCUGGCCGGCGUCGGCGGCGUGCCUCGCCAUCAUUCUCAAGAUCCCCCAGCUGAUCCAGGACGGCGUCCUCAACGACAAGGGAUGGCCAGAGCGGCAGGAGACGCUGCAGCUGGCCCCGGGGAUGCCGCCGCUCCACACGUCGCUGCUGCCGUGGAACAACGCCGGCGACCCCGACGGACAGCACAUCAUCUUCCAGCUCGUGUGCCGGAACAACAAGUUCAGCGACCACGCCGAGAUGACCGUGUGCAACUCGUUCCACGACGCCGAGGCCGGCGCGUUCAAGCUCUUCCCCAACAUCCUGGCCAUCGGCCCGCUCUUCGCCGACAAGGAGUUCCAGAGGUCCGUCGGCAACUUCUUGCCGGAGGACACUAGCUGCCUCAAAUGGCUGGACGCGCGACCUGACAGCUCCGUCGUGUACGUGGCCUUCGGGAGCAUGGCCAUCUUCGACCCACGCCAGUUCCAGGAGCUGGCCGAGGGGCUGGAGCUCACCGGCCGGCCGUUCCUAUGGGUCGUGCGCCCGGACUUCACCGCCGGCCUGAGCAAGGAAUGGCUCGAAGAGUUCAAGAAACGCGUCGCCGGCAUAGGCAUGAUCGUCAGCUGGUGCUCCCAGCAGCAGGUCCUGGCGCACCGCGCGGUGGCGUGCUUCGUGUCGCACUGCGGGUGGAACUCGACGAUGGAGGCGGUGAGGAAUGGCGUGCCGGUCCUGUGCUGGCCCUACUUCUGCGAGCAGUUCCUGGACCGGAGCUACGUCACCGACGUGUGGAGGACCGGCCUCGCCGUGUGCCCCGGCGAGGAUGGUGUUGUGACCAAAGAGGAGGUGAGGUGCAAGGUGGAAAGUGUCAUCGGCGACGCCGACUUCAGGAAGAGGGCGUCCUGGCUCAAGGAUAACGCUUGGAGGUGCAUCAGCGACGGCGGCUCGUCGCACGAGAAUUUCACUAGAUUUGUGGACCUCCUAAGUGAAUGAACAAAAAACAUCUCGCGUAUGCGUGUGAUUAAUUUGCUAUGUAUCAUAAGAUGAUACCAGCUAUGUUGCCGUGGGAAUUGAUUGCAAUAUGUCUUAAUAAGAUUUGGCUGUAUGAAACACAAAUAUUUAUGAAUUAAUAAUAUGAGUAUUAAAACUA